UUGAGAUUCUUUCUGUUCUAAAAAGAUAAGAAAAAUAAAUGAAAAUCUCUCUUUUAUCAAAAUAUAUAUAGAAGAUCCAGUUAAUUUUGCAAAGACAUAGUAGAAAAGUGAGACUUUUGGAGAGAAGUAGAUAAACAAAACUCUUAACAAAAAAAAAGAAAAGAAAAAGAAAUCAGAGAACAUAUAAUUUCUUGGUAUAUAAUGGGUACUAUCACAAAGACAUCUGUAAUUGUUUUUCUUGUGGUAUUGACAAUUCCAUCGUCUUAUUACAACGUUUUGGGUGGGUCAGUGGUCGAACCAGCCGAAUCUGGUCUAUGCCUUUUUAAAUGUGAAGGUGUAUUUGAUGAUCAUGCAUGCUUCCAUGACUGUUCUGGGAAGGUGGGAUACAAGAAUGGAUACUGUGUUGGAAAUCCUCCACGAUGUUGUUGCACCCAUGAUUAGCUCCACGAUGUUGUUGCACCCAUGACUAGCUAUAUUCAUAAGUAGUUGAACUUUCAAGUUAUGCGAUUUCUAGUAUGUUUCUUUUAAAUUUUGAUAAUAAAAUAAUAAAUGAGAAGAAAAAAAAGAGCUAAUAAAGAGAUGAAAAGACAUACCAUGGUAAGUUGGUAACGUCAUUGAAAAACA